AUGCUGGACGCGUCGGUCCUGAACAAGCUCGCCGAAGUGAUCGAGAAGGCCACAGACAAGAGGAGGCUGGACGUUGACCCGACAGCCCUUCAGCAGCUGAAGUUCCUGUGCAAAGCUUCUGACGAGAACGUGAGGUCUGCAUUCGAUCUUCUCUUGGACCGAUUGAAGGCCCAAGACGCUCAGACGCGGCUGCAUGCGCUGGAGGUGUGCAACCUGCUCUUUGCGCGAAGCAGAGCCUUCCGCACGGCAGCUGCCGCGCAGUUUCCUGCCCUGCUGGAAGCUUCCAUCGGCUUUCGGCCGGCGCGGCCACUGCCGGGGCCGACGCACCUGGCGACUCAGCUGCGUGAACGCGCGCUCGACGCCGUCGAACGCUGGAAUGACAACUAUGGCGUCUUCUACCAGCAGGCAAGGGCUUUCCACUACUCGAUCCGGCUGGGGGUGCGCUACCUGAAGGGCGUGCUGAAGAUGAAGUUUCCGGAGCUGCGUGCUCGGGCGGCCGCCGCCGAAGCCGAGGCGCGCAGGCGAGAGGAGAGGGCGCAGCAGAUCCUGCAGGCAAAGUACCGAAGGAUAGUGGCGGAUUUUGGCGCGGGCACGGCCGAGAUUCAGUCAGUCCUGGACCAGGUGCACCGCUGCUUUGAGCUCCUGCGCGCUGACUCACCGCCUGCUCAGCCGCCACCUCGGCUGACAUCAGCGCCGGCAGACGAAGAGGACUGGGAAGAUGUGGAUGCCGACAAAGACAUGGAUGCAGCUGACGAGGCGGAGGGAUUGGCGGAUUACGGGGCUACGGAGGCGCCGGAGGAGUUACUAACCGACGCCGCUGCGUACGGAGGCGUUCCCUUGCUGGGCCGCGCCCCGGACCCGGCAGUCCUGGAGAACCUGCAUGCGCUGCAGCGGGAGCUCGUGAAUAGACACCUGCCCACGCUGCAGGAAUGGCUGCGAGUCAUGGUCAAGGCUGAUGUCGGAGAGGCUGGGUCUGAGGAGCACACAGAAAGGGAGCGCCUCAUGCGGGAGGCUGUAAACCUACGGUCAGGCAUCACUCUGGCGCAGGACCGUUACGGAGUUCUCAAAUCCAUCCUGCCUGAUCAGGCGCUCACAACUUCAGCAAUAUCUCCUACAGACAAGGCGCCGGUGAUGCCGGCCGGGCAGCACCUGCACUACUGGGACUCUGCAGACGAGGCGAAUGCACUGGUCAACAUGCGAGGAAUGGAGCUUCAGAACCACUGGGGCCCAGUCAAUGCAAACGCCACUCUGCCACCCGAGCGCCUGUCGGCGCUCUUCGGGACCGUCGCCACGUACUACACACCCCCAGAGCCACAGGGCAAGAGUUCAACCCCACUGCCGCCGCCAGAGCUGAAGGAACCGGCCCUCAAGCCUCCACUGCGGAAACCGCCGGGAAAGACCCUUGUCGGCCCCUCUGCCGCGCAGCUGCUCGCCAGCCGUUUCGGCGGCAAUGCCGCUGCACCGUCCGGGGCGCAGCAGCAAUUGGGAGCCCCCAACCCAGCUGCAGCUUCCUCAGUUCCGGACACGUUGUUACAGAGAAGAAGCGACGGCAUUGUGCAGAAAUCAGAAGGCGGCGCCGCUGCGCAAAUACCCCUGAUUAGCUCGGCGUCGAUAGCGCCGCUGCAUCAGCCGUCAACAGCUGCCGCAGCCGCCGGCCGCUCUCCAGCAGCCGCUGCAAGAACCGCAGCUGCUGCACUACCAGGCGCUGGAUCUGCAGCUGCGCAGCGGCCUAGUCAGGCGCACCAGUGGCCCGCGGCGGCGGCUGCGGCGGCGGCUAUGGGAAACCCAGGCGCGCAUUCCGAGCGGCAGAUGGCCGCGGCGGCGGCCGGGAGCCAGGACGCGCAUUCGGAGCGGCCGGGCCGGGCGCAGGCGGCGGCGGACAGGGCGCACAAUGCGGCGGUUCUGGCGGAGGCGGCGCUGUCAAGCGAGGCGAUGGCCCGGCUACUGCACGAGCAGGAGCUGCGCGGGGCACGCCGCGGGACGGGCGCCAGCAGGAAUGGGAGGACAACGGGGGUCAAGAGGAAGCUGGGGGUGCGCGACCGGCUGGCGAGGAAGCUGCUGAGCGGCCGCGCGGCAGCUGCCACGGCCGGGGAACUGGCCGCCGCGGACGCUGAGUCGCAUCGCGAUCGCAUGUCAAACCGCUGGGAGGAAGUCUGA